CCAUCUUCCCCCGGCAGACUGACACUCAGCCCGGACGGAGAGACGGAGAAAUACCGAGGGGAUCCCCGUAGAGGUUCGGAGUCAGAGGAGGUGAUCAGACGGAUGGCAGCCGGUGUCAGAGUGAUCAAGAUUAAUGAAGGAGUCUUCACAGUGAGUGUUUCUGACUGAAGAAUAGACGAUCUCUGACCGACACACAGCAGCUUCACUCUCAUACAAAGAAAACUGAGAUCCUGCAGCGGAUUAAUAUCUCCAGAUGGACUGAGCUGAUCGACUGAAAAGGACCGGGAUAUGUAAACAAUAAUUUAGUCUGUUGUCCUGGCUGAGAGUCAGAUGUAAAUCCUCAUCACUCCUGCAUGUUAUCAAACUGAGACUCAGGCUAGCCGGAGUUAGCCAGUUAGCUCAGUGGUGCUAGCACCUCUGCUAACAUUAAUGUAGUUUAAAAAAGCCAAAAUAAAUCAUAUCUAACCAUCUUGUCUAGAUUGUGAGCUGCAAUUAACCUGAGAUGAAGAAUUUGCACCGGAUGACAGUUGUCUGUGAUGUUUUCAUUUGUAUUUAUUAGCAUAAUUAGCCUUCCAGCUAACGUCAUUUAGCUGUUUUCUGUGUUAGCAUUAAAGCACAAAAACAUUAAAACAGCUCACUUAGUUCACAGCUAAAGACACACUCAACAAAACCGUUUUUAUUUAUGGCAUUGACACGUUUAAAAUAUGUUGUUAUAGCAGGUUAAACUCUGGAUUAACAUUGCAGUGCUAACAGGUUAUAUAGCUGAAGUUAGGGAUUUAAUCAAGCAGCAGUAUUACAAACUGAAUACAAGUUUAGUUUUAACUUUUACUUUAAUAUUUAGUUUUAUUCUUAAUUUACACAUCAAAUUCCUCCAUCCCCCGGUUUCGCUGUUUGAACACUUUUGACACAAAAGCAGCUACAGGUCAACCGGCAGGAUGGACUGGACCGUCUGAUCGAUGAUACUGAUCAGUUACUUUAUUUAGUUUAUUGAUAGAUCAUCUGUCAGUUACAGAACCGGUGCCACAAAGACUGUGUGUAGUCUCACACAGCACAUAUAUUGUACUUAGUCGUGUAUACCGCUGUAUUAGUAUGUUUAGAGAGUAGUAUGUAGCUGUGUGCCAGAGGCCCAACAGUAAGCCUCUCAGCUGUGUUUUGGUCUCCCGUGGUCGCCCCUCCCCCCUCUCUGUUCUCGGACUGCCCGACUACUUUUGCUCGGACUAUCGUGCUCCAAAGUUUCUGACUCUUUCCCCUCGAGUUGUCGGACUUUUGUUUCUCGGGUUUGUUGGAAAGUGCUCGGACUCUGUGUCCCGGGGUUCAGACAGGCCGGUCCCGGGACUGUGAGGCCGGUAAACGGUGGAUGUGAUGGAAUUGAUGUUCGCCGAGUGGGAGGACGGGGAGAGGUUCUCAUUCGAAGACUCGGACCGGUUCGAGGAAGACUCCCUUUGCUCCUUCAUCUCUGAGGCCGAGAGUUUGUGUCAGAACUGGAGGGGAUGGAGGAAGCAGUCCGCAGGACCAAACUCCCCUACAGUCAAGAUUAAAGGUGAGAUAACAACAACUUCAUUUACUCUAUCAAGUGACUACUCCUAGUUUCCCUUUAGAUACUUAAUACACAAAUCUUACUGUAGCAGAAUAAAUGUGGGAAUUUAGAUGUAGGUAUGGUGAGAGUAAAGGGGAGUGAAACCUGUUGCUGUACAUUGAAUACUUCUUUCAUAAUACACUUCCAGUCACUUCAGAAAUAGUGGUAAGAUAGAGACAGUUAUUACUUGGUCUUGUAAUAAAGCGCUGUGGCUGAUACCAGUCCAGCUCUGUGAGGCUCAAACUUUAUCUGUGAGGAUAUGAAUCCUGAAGAAGAGCUUGUGGACAGUGUGUGGUUUUUAAUGUUGGGGGUUGUCUUGUCUUGUGUUGAGUCCUCACACUGACUGCUCACUGUGUUCCCCUCUUUUACCACAGACAGAUAUGUGACUAACAUUCACUGCUUAUACUGUUUAAUAGCAUUAUGACUACAGGUGUGCCGCCAGGUGAUGAAAAAACACUUUAUAUGUGAAGUUGAGAGAGAUUUUCGGCUAAUCCCAGUCUCCCCUUCUUGUCCCUGCCUACAGUUUGUUUUGAGGUUGAAGGGAUUUUAGCUCCUCUUAACAGAACUGUUGAGUUGAAAUGUUCGCCUUACAAAGAGGACACUGUUUGAUGUUAUAUUUGUCCAGUCAAACGGACAGUAUGUGAGUAACUGUUAUAGACUGUUAUUGCUCACUUAGAGAAGAAAUGAAAAUACCAGCAAUAGACAUCACCCUACAUUUUCCAUUGAAACAAAUUACACUUAUAAGAAAGACAAAUAUUUAUCACACUUGUAUAGAACAUGGGUUCACAAAGAAAUCGAUGUUUAAUACCCAAAGUUAUUGUUUAUACUCGUGGUGAUUGUAAUGUAUGACUAUAAUUUCUUGUUUUCUCACAAAUUUAGUCAAUUUAUGGGUAUCCAUUCGUCAUUAUCAGACAUAAAAGAGGCUUGACGAAAUGUUGGUGUUUGUCAGUUUGUAAAUUACCAAAUUUCGCCCCUGGGGAUAAAUAAAUAAAGUACUCUGACAUGAGGAGAGUUUAUGGUUUGGCAGCUGUGAUGGAGGGUGGAGCAGAGAGACACAAACACAGCACAGUGGAGAAGAGCAACUUUAGCAGCAAACAUGCAAAAUCCAACCUGAAACAAAAUCCUACACAUGCCUAUUCAUUUACAUAACCAUGUGGAUGUAUCCAUGAGUCUUUUGUCUAAGCACAAAGACUGGAAAAUGAUCAGAAAAUAACCUCUAAAUUCUUAAUUUGACCCCUUAUUUCUGUUGUUGUUACUGGCUCUCUACUUACUUACUGCUUGCCUCCCUUCUCUUUCUUACUCUUAAGCUUUAGGGGAGAAAUAUUACUGUAGAUCUGUUUUUAAUAAACUUUGGUGCUCUUGGAUACUACCAUAUUAAAAUAUAUAUUACAGAUAUUGAAUGGUUGCAAAGCACAUGAUUUUGAAAAGUGUUGAAAAAUUUGUGUCCUGUUUUGAUGACUGUAUUUGCAAAGCAUUCUGGGAAACAUUCCUCUUUUAGACCAGUUGUAAUGUGUAUGGGUCUUUUUCAACCCCCCCCCCCCCCCCCCCAACUCUUUCUCUCAACACUCUUCCACUCUGUUUGCAUGUUAGGGUGGAGUGUCCACCACACUGAGUCCUGUCCAUAACCUCUGGGUGUGGAGUGGGUGUGUGGUUGUUGGAGGCUCCAACAGCAAAUCUGCACAGAUAAUGAUUGUGUGUCACACUGUUUGUUUCCAUUAUGAUAUGACCCACACAGAUCUGAAGUGCUUUAGUCCAGAUAAAAAACAACAUUUACCUGAUUAAAAAGGCUAAACUUGAAAACAUGCUCAGAAUGUAAGUAACCAUUGUCGAGUCUUGAAGAUGAUUCAUGUAUUUAUUUGAUUGUAAUGACUUUUUAUUUGCAAGGACUCUCAAAAGCAUGAGAUUAUGAACAGCAGACUGUAUGCAAUGAAUCCAAAAGAAUUGUAAGAGGAAGAUGUGGAUGUUUUAUUUUUAGAUGUUUUUUUGUAUUGGUUAGUGUUGUUGGUAGUUAUUUAGUCUAUGUAAACUCCUUCUGUAACCAUGGUUAUUUUUUGUUACCAUGGUUACAGAAAGUCCCUGUUAUUGCAGAAGUGAGGGGAGUUUGUCCCAUAGUUUGCUGCUGUAUCUGAUCCCUUCACCUUGAUGCAGGGCGCCUUAUUCAGCUGUGAGUGUGACUUCAAACAGAUGUCAUACUGUGAGGGGGUGAGCAUGGGGAGGGAUCGGUUGGAAGGAGGUCUCGCUUCUGAAAACAUUCAGCUCGGAGGGUCAGAUGUACUGAUCCCUGAUCCCUGACAGUCCCGAGCUGGAAACUACAGUAUUUAGAAGACACCAGCAUUCAUGCACUCUUUCCACAAACGGGUCAUUUUAGAAACACAGACUGAUAGUAGUUUAACCAGGUCGAACAUGGUUUGAGUCCUCCAUGAGGACUCAAACCAUGUUCGACCUGGUUAAACUACUAUUGGGUAUAAACACAAGCAUUGGAGGAACUUCCUGUUGUUCUUCUCCUUCCAGCCCAGUUGCUUCUUCUUGCUCUUCCUGCCCUCCUUAUAAAUAGACAGAAACAUGUUGAUAAUAUGAACACUUAGGAUUGAUCUGAUUCUGACCUCUUAGACUGAAAACACUCUGACAUAGCGCAGUCUUCUCAGCGUCCUCUACUCAAAUGGCUCUGAGUGUGUGUCUGUGAGAAAGAGAGAGAGAGUGUGUGUGUGUGUGUCUGUGUGUGUGUUUGCAGGGGGUUAGACCACAAACACUGGGGGGAAGGGAUGCGGUUACAAAGAAGAAGUCUUCAGUAAUAAAAUCUAACUUUACUGGUCAGACCCUCUGUAUCAUUUGGGGGGGUAAAGCGUGGAGACCUGAGCUUGGGGUUUAACUAGAGGAAUACCAAUCCAGGUGACAGAGUCAUUUGGAUUAUAUUCAUUAUGAAUAAUAAAUGAAGUAUAAACAAUCCAAAUAAAGUCCCUAUAGAAAACAUGAAAACAUGUGAUCUGAAUUUUGUGAAUAGAUCUGAUUUGGUGUCACGAUCACUAGACCCUGUAUACUGUUUAUAUGUGCGUGUGUGUGUGUUGACCCUGCCUCUGUUAUGAAUUUAAUACUGAUAUCUUUUAUGUAAACUGUGCCAAUUGAGUCACACAGUUUGUUUGGAAACAGCAGAUGUAAAUUCAUCGGAUCUUUCAGCCUCUAACAGAAGCUGAAGGACUCAUUAACCUCUCCAAUAAUCCCAUUGUAGUCUGUUUGUGUUUGUGUUGUAGUCUUGUGUGUUUAUAUCAGGGAUGUCUUUGCUUGUGUGUGAGUCAACGAUGACCCGGUGAUGUUCGUGUUGUGUUCACCCUGGUGUUUCAUCUUCUCAGCUGUGGAAAAAAGAAAACAGCUCAGUCUUGAAUAGAUUCUAAGAAAAUAAUCACACAAAUAAUAACACAACAUGGUAAUGAAGCGUAAUGGUAAUUAAGCUAGAGCAGUGUUACCUGUUAAAUAGAUUUACAGCAGAAUAAAAACAGGACAGGUGUGUUUGUACCUGCUGACCAUCUGCUGAGCAGCUGAGAUCUCUGUGGGGGAGGGGCUCAUCAGUGGGCGUGAAAGGACAGGUGUGUGUUAUGUGUGAUUCAUCAGGUGAAUGUAGGAUGUACUGAAGGAGUGUUAACAUGAAUGAAUCACUAACGUUCAAACACAUCUAAAACUUCAAACACAGAUAUAUGACUGUAAUAACAAUCACAGAUCUUUAUGUAUUUUCACAGUUUGUGAUCAGUUUCAUUAUUUUACAGUUACGUUUUUAUUAAAAAGGAAUAAAAGCCCAUUGUUGAUUUUAGAAGCUUAUUUUUUAAGUGCAGGGACAAAGUAAAAAGAGCUGAUUUCUGUCUUUAAUGUAAGACUUAGAAAACAUAGAACAGUGUUGGUGUUUAACUAAGUUUUUGUUGAUAUUUAACAUGUUUUAAAUUAAUUUUGGUAGAAUUAAAAUAAAUGAAACACACUGUUAACCAUGGUGGCAAUAACUUUAAACAUCCAGUGUGUGUGUAUGAAGAAAGCAAAAUGUCCCCCUCAGCCCCCCUAGGUGAGUAUGUGUGUGUGGACUAAUGGAGCACUUCCUGCUGAGACAGACAGACAGACAGACACACACACACACACACACACACAGACAGACUGCUCCCACUCCCUCCUUCUCUUCUUCCUUCUCCCUCCUCCUUCUCCUCCUCCUCCUCAUCUGUCUUCCUCGUCCUUCUCUUCCCGCUUCCUUCUUCUCCUCGUUCACCCCUUCCUCACCUCCUCCUCUUGCUCCUCCUCUCUCUUCUUCUCGACCUCCCCUCUCCUCCUCCUCAGAUCUUCCUUAUACAAAGAAACAGCUGUUGUAGUGGCCUCCCUGUGAGCUGAAAGCUGAUUGGUUGACAGUUUUCUGUCCUUCACAUGCAGCAGCCAAUCACAGGCUGGCAGCAUGGACCCUGUUACUACCCAGAAUGCCCCUCUCGUGGGCUUUAGCCCAGAGUGUGUCCUCAGAGUGAUAAGAUUUAACCCUUUACUGCCAUGCUGCCUCAGUUUGAUACUGUAUGUGUAAACACACACACACACACACACACACACACAGUUUAGUCUGUUUGAAUGUUGUGAUGGUGCAGAAACUGAAUGAAUGUAUGUGUGGAUUUGGCAGUUGAGUUUCUCAUACAUUCAUUAGAAAACAGGAAGCUUUGAAGGAGACUCAAAUUAACUCUGAAGAUUAAGUUUACUUUGCCUUCCUGACAUGUUUUAUGUUUUACAGACACUAAAUGAAUACAGCAGAAAAACACCCUCACCUGUCUGUAGAGAGAGAAAGAGGAGUUCACAAAAAUCAAUUCUAGGACACCUUGGUCUACCACAACACCUCUGUGACACUUACAUAGAAAGUGUAGUGAUGCAGGGUGUAAAAAGUCCUGCCUUGAAUCAUCAGUGUAAAAGAGAGUGAAGGCUUCAAUUAAAUCAGUCAAUUUGCCUCUUUCUGGACCUCAGAGAAAAUGCAGGUCAAAGUGGGACUUAUCAAGGAGUAAUUAGGAGUCCUUCCUCUCCCUUGUAGAGUCCACUUUAACUCAUUCUGCUGUCUGCGAGACUGAGCUGAUUCUGUUUGUCUUUAAUUGUCAAAAAUUUGUUUGCAGUCAGUCUUGUACCCUUACUUUGUCCUCAGCUCACAUUAAAAACAGACCUGACCAGCAGAGCUCAGAAUAUCAGAAUGAUGAUGGCAUCCCAAAUGUAUUAUACAGUUAUAGAAGUCUACAUCUCCUCUUCUGUCUCCUCAAAGUUCAGUUAAAGUCCCCUUGCAGAAUCUGAGUCUUCCUUAUCACCCAUGUAUAUGAGGAUGCACCGAUCCAUUUUUUUCCGAUCCAAUCCAAUACUGAUACCUGGGCUGAGCGUAUCGGCCAAUAUAUGGUACCGAUCCAAUACUACUGUUGAAUGAAUGAACUGUAUACCUUGUCCUGUGAGUGAAGGCAUCAGGCUUGACAUUAGCCUUUUUCAAAAAACAUAACAAAUUAACACAGAUAUAAAUUUACUUAUUAUUUAUUAACAAAUAAAAAAAUGCACAUUAGCACACAGCAAAAGAAGUAAUGCUGUGUUCAAGUUACCUCGGAAGUCAGAUGUCAGAGCUGAAAAUGACGUCACGCCCGAGUUAACAGCGUUUCAGUUACUGAGUUGGAAAAAAAGCAUAAUGGGUGGCGGAAACAAGUCAGCUUCAUCUAUGAAAGUUAUUUUAGCACUUGCCUUAUCCUUGUUAUAUUCUGACAAGGCAAGUGCUCAAAUAACUUUCGUAGAUGUAGCCAUCUUGUUUCCACCUCCGAUUUUACUUUUUUCUGACUUAACUUGCUUGUGACGUCAUUUUCACUUCCAACAUCUGACUUCCGAGGUAACUCAAACACAGCGUAAGACUUCCAUGUAAACACUUAGUGCAAAAGGAUAGACAGACAAAGAAUAUAGAGCGAACAGAAUCGCUGUGUUGCUGUGUAUGUUAUUAAUUAAAAGAAAAAAAAAAAGACCGGCUCGGCGUCAUUCAUCAGAUAUCUGAGCCAGUUAAUUUGUCAAUAUUGGAGCCCAUAUCUGAUCCAAAUAUCGGAUCGGACGGUGUAUCCCUAGUGAGGACUUUGAUAGACCGGUACAUCAACAGCUUAUUAUGCCUUCUGGUUCAGCUCCCUCUCUGCCACAACAGUCCUGUCCAACACCCACAAUACUGCUGACACAGCACCAAUCUGCCCGUUAAACCCUCAGUGACUCUCACUCAUGACGAAGACAUCAAGAUACUUGAAUUUCUUUACUUAAACAAAGACCCCACUGAUGUUGGGCAACCCACUGCUUUCAGGUGGAGGACCAUGGACUCAGACUUGGUCCCAGACUCUGUCCCAGUCGCUGUAAAUGAUCUGUUUUCACGUCUUUGUCAUGAAAUCAUCAGUCAGUUGAUUUCUGUCUAUCUUGAACCAACAAAGAGAAUAUUGAAUUGUGAAUUGUGAGGUCUGACUGUUUCUCAUGUCUCAGAGUUUCCAAACACACUUCAUAUAAACUCUGUGUUUCCUCCUUUUUUGGUCACAGCCGCAGUAAUGAGCUCCUUAUCAGACAACAUCAGGUUUUUACUCAGCUGUGUUUUCUGUUCGAGACUCUUGUGAUAAUGACGCUCUUUAUUUGACUCACAAAUCACCCUCAUUCGUCAAUAGACAAAUUACAUCUCCACAACACAGAGGUUAUUGCCAACAAACAAAGAUUGAUUUCUAGAAAUCUCAGUGGUUGAAUAUUUUAUUGAUACAUUUAUUCCAGGAAGAGAAUAAAAAAGAAUCUUUGGUUUGAGUCGAGAGCCUUAAAACGAAAAAGUAGAAAUGCUCCUCGAAAGCUCUUCAUUCUCUUGGUAUUGUUUUCUUAAAGAUCUUUUGUAAUUCAUUUAUGUCCAUCUGCUCUUGAUUUGGCCUUUGCUCUGGUUUUUCUUCUUUUAAAUGAGCACUAAGUUCAUUUUAUAUUAAGUCCUGCUGGGGAGACAUCUGCAAACCAGAUGAGUUAAACUCUUUGCCGACGGAUUGUUUGAGUGAAAACACUGUUAUUUAUUCAUUAAGUAAUCAUGUGUUGAGCUCAACAGUCGUGUUUGUGCUUUAGCAAUCUCAGCAAUCAGCUUUAAUCAGUUAUUAGGUCUUAAAAGGUACAGUGUUUGGGAUUAAGCGGCAUUAGUGGAUCAGACUUGGAAAAUCGGAAUAAUAAAUGUGUAAUUCUGUUGAAAUUAAAUUGUGAUCACCUGAAUAUAGAAAUACUUUUGAUUGAGCCUUUAAUGUAGGAGUGGGUGUCCUGAAAUGCAACAGUUGGAAAACAAAAAAGAAGAAAGUGAUCGUUGUUCUUGAACCAUGAGCACUGAUGUCAUGUCCCACAAACUGCUAAAGCCACAUGUUUUUCUCACAGAGGUCACAAUAAUUCCACACUGCUGACUCUCUCUCCUUGACUAUGAAGACAGUUCAGAGUUUGCCCCCUUGGUGACUUUUUCUGCUCAAUAAAACCUUCUCUCUGCACCUGCAGUCUGGUUUACUUUCCAACUUUUCUUUUUUCUCCAAGUAUUUUUUUGGGGAAUUUUGGCCUUCUAUUGAUAGGAAAGGGGGAAAUGUGGGGAGAUAGAGAGGUGGGAGGACAUGCAGCACAUGGUCUGGUCCGCUGUGGUGACUGUGGUCCCCAUACAUGGGGUGCCCUAACCCGCUCGUCCAUUUGCAUGCCCCCUCACUUUCCAACUUUUCGGGUGGAUAAAUUGAGUGACUCGGAAAUUGAGCCUGAAACUGGUGAUUCAGAAGUUUUCUAGGAUCUGACUAUCCAACAUCUCUCAGUCUCUGCAGCUCUCAGUCUUCAUUCAAGCUUAGUUUUAACUUCAGGUCAUCUCAUCACAGAUGGACAAGGUUUAAAAGGAGAAAUGUAAAAUUAUUUAGAUUUGGAUCAAACUCAUGUAACAGAUGGGCCCCUGAAAACCACACUUUUUUUCUGAAAGCUUAUUUAAACAUGGAAGUUGAACAGUAAGUCAGAAAUCAGAGCUCAGGGGGAUGUUGGUGUCAGUAUAGGAUGACAUCAGUUGGGUGUGGUUCCAGGUGAACAGAGUGUGAUCACUUCUGUCUCUGAGGUCAAACUCUAGUUCAGGGUGUCUGUAGAAACACGUCCACUGAAGUCACUCACUUGUGUUUUUAUUCAGGAGGUUCAUACAGCUCAAACUAAAACUGAACACAAACCUGACUGUGCCUCUUCUUCCUCUUCCUCCUCCUCCUUCUGUCAGAUGGUCAGGUCAUCCCUUUGGUGGAGCUGUCGGCAAAGCAGGUGGCGUUUCACAUCCCAUUUGAGGUGGUGGAGAAGGUUUACCCCCCAGUGCCUGAGCAGCUGCAGCUCCGCAUCGCCUAUUGGAGCUUCCCUGAGAAUGAGGAGGACAUCAGGUAAACCAGCCUAUGUUUCAUGUUGCUUCUGUCAUUGUGGCGGAGCUUCAAAUCAUGGGGAUGAAUUGAGAACUUUUAAUUCUUUUAAAUAUGCCCCCAAUCUCCAAGUUUCCUGUUUUACUGAUGGUGAUCAGCUAAAACAAAAAUUAGGCUGCUUUUGUGAAAGCUCCCAGGUUUUUUAUCGACAGAGUGAGACAUCACACAGCAGCACACCAUCAUCCAACAAAGUGAACAAGCGUUUUUGAUCCUGGCGUCAUCUCUGAGAUAAAAUUCCUCUGAGAUAAAAUCAAACUUUGAAAGUAAAGACAGACAGACUACUGUGACUCUGUGCUGAUGUAACCUGCAACUCUCCCAGUGCAUGCUGGGACAUACUUGAAAUGAAAAUGUACCAGGUGUGAAUUGUAUCUCUCUAACUGUUUCACAUCUUUACCUCUCACCCCCUAUCUCUGUCUGUCUGUCUUUCUGUGUGUGUGUCUGUCUGUGUGUGUCAUGGUGCUCCAGGUUGUAUUCCUGUCUUGCAAAUGGGAGUCCGGAUGAGUUCCAGCGUGGAGAGCAGCUCUACAGAAUCCGGGCUGUCAAAGACCCACUGCAGAUUGGUCAGUUCACCAAACACAUAGAAACACCAUUGACUACAAUACAGCUGUAUAAACCUAACAUGAGUAAAUGCUCAAUUUUAAGUUUGUAUCUGCUCUGAUUGGUCCUUGACUUGGUCCAUAAUGUCUCUCUCUCUCUCUCCCUCUCUCUGUCUCUCUCUCUCCUUCUCAGGUUUCCAUCUCAGCGCGACAGUGGUUACGAGUCAGGCCGGUCAGUCUAAAGGAGCGUACAAUGUGGCCGUCAUGUUUGAUCGCUGCCGCAUCACUUCCUGCAGCUGCACCUGCGGGGCGGGGGCUAAGUGGUGCGCCCAUGUGGUGGCGCUGUGUCUCUUUAGGAUCCACAACGUGAGUGUGUCUCUACACCUAAAGUGUGUCAUGUUUCAUCACAUCAGCUGAAACUAUAAACAGAAGAAUUCAUACGUGACAGAGAGUAUUACAGGAUCAUCAUUAUCAGCAGAUGAACUCGAGGUCAGAGUGUAGCUGGUAAAGUGAACGGAUAAACACACAAAAUGAUUUUAAGGACAAAGUUAAAGCAGCAAUGUUUUCUUUGAACUCUUUUUUCUUUAAUUUGAUGUAAUCUUCUCGUAAAGAGUGAUAAGCAGGUUUUACAGUCUGCCAUCAAAAAAAUCUCUCAAAGACAGACCUUUUAUGAUGAAAAUUUUCUUCAACAAUUCAAAAAAUACUUGGGAUUAUGAAAGACAAAGACACCAUGAAGUCAAAAAACUUAAUGUCCUCUGCUCUGCACACUCCAAUACAGCAAGCAGGGAGAGGAUCUGCUAACACCAAGAUUAAAAUUGUGCAAAAUCAUCGUAGAAGAGCUGCUGACCUGACAACACAAAUGAAACAUUCAUCUGUUGUUGAAUAUGCUAAAUAUGCUCAUUUAAUUGUUCUUGAAACAUGUGUUCCGACUCUUUACUAGUAAACUCUGUGUGUGUGUCUUUAGGCAUCAGCGGUGUGUCUGAGGGCUCCUGUCUCUGAGUCUCUGUCUCGACUGCAGAGGGAUCAGCUGCAGAAGUUUGCUCAAUACCUGAUCAGUGAGCUUCCUCAGCAGGUACCAAGUCCUGUUCAUCAAAAACAAAAAAAACCAUCAGUAUGUUUAUUUCUGGUGUAUGUUGUUGAUUGAGUGAUUUGUGUUUGCAGAUUCUGCCCACGGCUCAGCGUCUGCUGGACGAGCUGUUGUCCUCUCAGUCUACAGCCAUCAACACCGUGUGUGGAGCUCCAGGUACAGACAUGCUGAUAAAACUGUUACCAUCACAAAGAGAGCGACUGUAACAGAAUAAACAGUGUAACCUGUUUAUGAUACAACCUAAUGAUCAUACAAACAUGAUCAUUGUUGUGUAGAGAGGAACCAUUUUUUCAACAGAAGGAAAGAGAGAGAGGUUUUAUUUUUGCGGAGACAGAGGGCCAGGUUUUAAGAUUUGGCUCGCUGACUCAACCUGUGCAAAUGCAUAAAAAGACUGACCCCCAUGUUCCCCAGUGGCGAAAAGGCCGUUGGUGCCGAUCACUGCUGAUCACUGCUGAUCAUUUCCAUUCAAGUUAAUGUGUCAAUUUUCACCAGCUUCUUUCCUUCACGCUGCAGUUCGGUGGGGUUCUCAGCCGCUGAACUGCAGUGGCUGUAUUUAUAAUCUGUGCAGCGGCACAGAUAACCUCAUGCUGGAAAGGAAGUCGGGCACAGACACAAAAUAAAACAUCCUGCUUCUUUUCAAAAUAAAACAAUACGUGUUUCAGGCAGAUGGAAUUGCACACCAUACAAAUUUGGGCGGGGACGAACAGGUGAAAGGUUUUCAGACAUCAUUUUACCCCGUUGAUACCACGGAUGAGGAGAUGCUGAUUCUAGAAGUCUAGAAGUGUCUAUCUUCCUCUGAAAGGACACAAUCUAUCGCUUAUAUGGUUAUGUGACUGUCUUUAUAGAGACAAAUCGUUAUUGCGUGAUUGCAUGUGAAUCCACGGAUUCUUCUAAGUUCUCACGAUUCUUGCUGUCUGAAAUCUGCUACAAAAUUCUCCUCACAAACGCAUCUGGUAGGAAUUGGCAGACUGCGAAAAUCACCGCCAUUCCAGAUGCUGUAACUUGUAACUCUGACUUUGCUGCACAGCAAAGCACCUCUGCACCCUUCCUUACUGUGUGCAUUAUUAUAACCUUUGAUUAAUUACUUGUUGAUCAAACCUCUGACCCGCAGCACCUGGCCCCCCUCCCUUUUCAUGACAGGAUUGUUUAAUAAUGACAAAUGAAAAGCAAACACAGACCCAUCAUAACCAUUUUUGUGCACACCUAACCAGACUCUAGUACGCAAACUUCAUUUCCUCAUGAUAGAAUUCAAUAGAACACUGAGUAAAUUUAAUCAGUCAGUUUUAGAGGUGUGUGCUCUGUUACUGCAUCGGAUGUUUGCUGAGAAUACAGAGAGAGGGAGGGUCUCUCUGUCUCUGUCUCUCUCUCUCUCUCUUUUCCACACAUGUUUACACAAUGCUGAUGAACAAAUGGAUCCAAGACCACCUCCAUAUCAGGUCUCUGUGGUCAGAGCUCAGUAGAUAGGAACAGACAAGAACAUAUUCUUUUUGAUGUCCUCCUGCCCCAAAUAUCAAAGAAAGUGUUUCAGGUUUUCUGUGUGUGUGUGUUUGUGUGUUUGUUUGUAGACCCCACAGCCGGCCCCUCAGCCUCUGACCAGAGCACCUGGUACCUGGAUGAGUCAACCCUCAGUGACAACAUCAAAAAGACUCUGCACAAGUUCUGUGGGCCCUCCCCAGUCGUCUUUAGGUACGAACUCUUACCCUAAAACACUGGUUUGUACAGUGUUGUGCAUGGACACACUAAAACAGGGUUCAUUUAAAGAUUUAGGAGAUGACUGAGGGCUAAGGAUGAUAAACGGUGUACUGAACAGCUCAACUUGCAGCUCAUGCACAGGUAUGGUGAUGUAACUCACUCUGCUCACAUCCCAGGAGGAUCUGAGAGGUACUUUGGAAGCAGCAGAGAGUCUUGGAGCUCUCUUUUAGAGCAGCCAAAGCUGGAUUACUGGCACCCCGCAACUUGGAUGUUGUUAGCAGCGCUGGUCAGACCAGCUCUUGUGAACACUUGAAGGAGUGUUGUGAGUGAAUCAGGACAGAUUCCAACAGACUAAAGACUAGCAUGAUUUUUGGAGAGGUAUAGCUGUUUGGAAAUCAGAGAAAAAUUCACUUUUAUGUUUGUUUGUUGGUGUUUCUUCAAGCGUUUCAAUGGGAACAUUAAGCCAACAAAGUAAAGUGAUAUUUACGUUUUGAGGUUUUUUAAAGCUGCAGAUUGUUUUUUCUGUAUUUAAACUGGUAAAACAUACUCAGAUGUAAGGAAGAGGAUUAGUGCCACAAGAAGAGCAAAAAAUAAUAACAGGAGGGAGAUUUUUUUAAUUUUCAUUUUGAAAUUAAAGUCAAAACUUCGAGAUUAAAGUCGAAAUUUCAACAUUAUUCAUAUCGAUUUAAUCUUGAAAUGUUGAUUUAAAUCUCAAACUUUAAUUUCUUUAAUCUCGAAAUUUCAUCAUUGUUCACAACAUUUCGACAUUUUGUAAUCUUAAAAUUUCAACUUUAAUCUUGAAAUUUGUAUAUUUUUAGUCUCGAACUUUUGACUUUAAUCUCGAAUUCUGACUUUAACCUCAAAAUUUGGAUUUUUAAUCUCAAAAUUUUGACUUCAAUCUCCUUCCUGUAAUAACUUUAUUUUCUCUACAUUAGGACCCUAAUCCUCUUUCAUACAAAUGAAAUUGCCUUAGUUCUUUGACUGAAAAUCUGAUUCUUCCAAAGAAUACUGUAACUCUUUUAGGUCAAGAAAUGUCAGUGAUUGAGGUUUACGAACGUGAACGUCUUCAUUUCAAUCCUCACGAUCUGGCUCUGUAACACAUUCAGAUGUCUUAUGUGUUUUUCUGUCUUUGCUUCCUCUCCACAGUGACGUAAACUCGAUGUACCUCUCGUCCACGGAGCCACCAGCUGCAGCUGAGUGGGCGUGUCUACUUCGGCCUCUGAGGGGGCGAGAGCCUGAAGGAAUCUGGAACCUUCUGUCCAUCGUCAGAGAGAUGUUCAAGAGACGAGACAGCAACGCCGCUCCCCUGCUCGAGAUCCUCACCGAGCAGUGCCUCACCUAUGAACAAGUAUGUCCUAACUAAUGCUGCAGUCAGGUUACCUCGGAAGACUGUGCUGGGAAUGACGUCACACCCGGUUACUGGUGUAAGUCAGAAGAAAGCAAAAUAAGUGUCAGAAACAAAAUGGCUACAUCUACGAAAGUUAUUUUAGCGCUUGCCUUGUCCAAAUAUAAGCAAGGACAAGACAGCGCUAAAAUAAGUCUUGUAGAUGUAGCAAUCUUGUUUCCACCUCUGAUUUAGCUUUUUUCCGACUUGGUAACCGAAAUGCUGGUAACUCAGAUGUGACGUCAUUUCCAGCUCAGACAUCUGACUUCCGAGGUAACUCGAACACAACUUGACUUAACGUCAAGUUGUGUAAUGAGCAAGAAUUUGACCUUUGACCUGAUGUUAAACUCAUUAAUUCACACAAUAAACCUUGCGUCACACUCCUCUUUAUUACUAGAUCAUCAGCUGGUGGUACAGUGUUCGGACGUCAGCAUCUCACAGCAGUGCCAGUGGACACACUGGACGUAGCAACGGCCAAUCAGAGGUGGCGGCUCACGCGUGUGCCAGCAUGUGCGAUGAGAUGGUGGUUCUGUGGAGGCUGGCAGUGCUGGACCCCACCAUGAGCCCCUGCAGGUCAGAUAUAAAAAAAUCUGCUGAUGUUUAUCUUUGACAGAUAUUUGAGUUGACAUUAGAGUAAACGUCACUCCUGUGUGUUUGUGUGUCUCAGGCGUUUGGAGCUGGCGGGGCAGCUGAAGCAGUGGCACCUCAAGGUCAUCGAGAUUGUGAAGCGGGGGCAGCAUAGGAAGUCUCUAGAUAAACUGUUCCAGGGAUUCAAACCCGCUGUGGAGUCCUGCUACUUCAACUGGGAGGUGGCCUACCCACUGGAGGGCAUCACAUACUGCGGCGCUGAUAAGAAGAGCGCCACCUUCUGCUGGUCCAGAGCGGUGCAGCUGCAAAGAGGAGCCAGAGCUGCUGCAGGAGGUGGCGGGGAAAACUCUGAGGGAGGGGGCGGGGCCAGAGGAGACGGAGGAGCUGAUUACAAAGGAAGAGGAGGUGGUCACUCCUCCCAGCAAGAGGUGGCCGUACGACCAAAAGAGACCAUCCUGACCAAGAGGAAGGGUCUGUCAGUGAGCGGAGGGGGAGGCAUGCUGGUCCGACUGGGGGGUGCUGUGUCUCUGUCCCUGGAGGACGGAGGAGGAAAGUGCAUGUACAAAGGGCCCAGCACGUCCUCUGGGGGGAAGCUGAAGCUGACUCAGGGAGGCGGUAAGGGGGGGUCUGUCGGGGGUACUGGAGGAAGUGGGUUAAGUGGGGGGAAACAUGGCAGUGCUAAGAGAAGGACCAGCAGCGAGGACAGCUCUCUAGAGCCGGAUCUUGCAGAGCUCAGCCUGGAUGAUGGCUGCAGUCUGGCUCUCGGGGCUGAGGCCAGCAACACUUUCGAGUUCCUGCCCCCACCACCUGAGAUGCUGCCCUCCCCCAGCCCGCUGCUCCGAGACUCUCGCAAGUACAGCGGAGGAGGAGGCAAGAUGUUCGAACCAAAGCGUGUGAACCAUGCGUCUGCUGCGCCUCCUGCUGCGGAGCCCGCUCCACCCUGCCUCCCCACAAAAGACACCAUGCUUGUGGUUCUGGACUCUACAGAGAAGGAGGUGGAGCUGCAGGUAGAGCUGCAGGCGGAUGCAGGCCAGAACGGAGACGAAGAUGUCGACUCAGCUGGCAGUAACCAGCCCUCCACCUCUGUGUCCACCACCACCACCGCCGCCACAGCAAGAACUGCUGCGACUGAAACACCUGCCAAGCCCUCGCAGGGCCGAAGGGAGGCAGCAGCUGCUGCAGGAGGAGCAGCUGCUGCAGGAGCUGCUGCUCCAGGAGCCGGGUCAGCAGCAGCAGCAGCUGCAGCAGGGGCAGAGGUUGCAGGUGGAGGAGCUGCGGGUGAAGACGACUAUCAGGCGUACUACCUCGGCGCUGCCUCAGAGGAAGGAGCUGAUAGACAGAUGGCUGAAAAUCACCAGGAGGAGGAGCCGGAUAUCUUUGCAGGGAUCAAACCGCUGGAGCAGGAGGGACGCAUGGAGGUAAGGAAAGAGGAGUGUAGGUGUCAGAUUGUCAAAUUCAGGCUGCAUCAAGUAUAACUUCUGACAUGAUGAUGUGAACAAGUGGGAUAGGCACAUUGUAAGGAAAGUUUACCAUAAUUUUUUUCCUGCAUCACACAUUUCAUGGUAAUUGCAAUAAGUUUUUAUUAAUAUUUGUGAAGCUCAACAUACACAAGGACUUUACUCUAAAUCUGCUCUUAGAAAACAGUCAGUCCUGUUAUUUUAUAUACAGUGCUCAGCGUAAAUGAGUACACCCCUUCAGAGCAACAUUUUCUAUGUCAGACUAUACAACAAAACACUCCCCCAAAUGUAGGCCAGUGAUGACAAACACGUUUUUUUAAGUUGAUUACUAAAAAGUUUUUUUUUUUUCAAUUUAAAAUCAGGAUGCAAAAAUGAGUACACCCCAAUCAAAGUUCUGGGAGCAAAGCUAAAUUUUAGUUACUGUUUCACCCUUAGUUCCAUCUUAUGGUAAAUAAAACGUUUUGUGAAACUCAACUUUGGAAAUUUUCUUUUGCUCAUCUACAUAUUGAGUAAUAUGUUACUUUUAAUAGGGGGUGUACACACUUAUGCUGGGCACUGUAUGUCUACCACCAUUCAACGCAGUUUUGCACAUAGUGGUUCCACUUGUAAUUACCAGUAGAGGAAAUAUAAAUGUAAUGAAUCCGUUUGCUGUGAUUACGCCAACUCUAUUGAUGUCUGUCGGAGGACAUUUUUUGUAGUGUAGUCUGAAAGUGCUUAAACUGUCCAUUUUUAAAUAGAGUGUCUGAGUAAGAACAGAGUUAAAGACUUGGAGAGUCAAUGUAUGGCUCUGAGACCGGACACAUGAGCAUCCUGCUGCUCUUUUUUUGUCACUGUUGUUCUUUUCUUAUUAUACUGAAAUGUGUUUAUUCGUGUUUAGGUGCUGUUUGCGUGUGCAGAGGCCCUCCACGCUCAUGGUUACAGUAAUGAGGCCUGUCGGCUGGCUGUGGACCUGGCCAGAGACCUGUUGGCAAACCCACCUGACCUGAAGGUGGAGCAGCCCCAAACAAAGGUACAAACUUUCACUUCUUUAUUCUGCUGCUCCAUUUUUUCUUUUUCCUCUCCUGUGGUGUGGUGUGAUAUUCUACAGAAGUGUAUUGCAUUCACUUAUUAAAAAAAAAAAAGAACUGUUUUUUGAGUAUUUUUUUUCUUUGCUGCUUUUCGGACUAAUUAUUUUCUUGUUUUUUGUACUCAUAUUUUUUCCCCUCUUGCUGUUUUUCGGACAAGUUUUUCAAACCUUUUUUUUUUCCUGACCAAACAAGAUAAUCCUACGAGAAUCUCAUACAAUCAGAUUAUGUUAACCACCACGGCUGCUCCAAAUCAGUGGAUUCUCCAGUUCCUAGAUAACUUUGGCUAUGGGGUCAAUGAGAGUAAAGCAUGUUAUUCGUCAAACAUAGGGUAUGCAAAUCUUGAGGUGCCUGUGCAAAGUAGACAAACUUAUGAUGAUUCCAUCUAUCUGACUUAAAGAAAGGAGCAACUCCUGGUGGCUCAAACCCAAAAGAAAGUAAAACUUGAUUAAACUAAACAAGUGGGCCAUGUUUGCUUCUAAUAAAUCGUGCAGAGGGGGGUGAAAGCAUCUGUUUUUAAAUGAUCAUGAUCCCAGGGAAUAGGAAAAACAAUUACUUUGAAAAACAAAAUGAAAAAAAAAAUAGUCCGAUAAACAGAAAAGAAAACAAAAAUACUCUGAAAAACAGAACAAAAUUACUCUGAAAAUCAGAAAAGAAAAGAAAAGAAAAUGUCCGAAAAACAGAAAAGAAAAAAAAUACGCUGAAAAACAGACUUUCCUUUUUUUUGGUGAAUGCAAUACGCUUCCGUAGUAUUCCUCAUACAUAUGUGUUUCACUUGUACCCUUACUGUGUCUAACUGUAUGACAGCAAAUAAAUCAAACCAUGAACAGAGAGUAUGACUGCAGAUUGAGAAGUGUGAAUAUGCCCUUACAUCCUUCAUCAUAUCGUUCUAACACCGCUGUUUCUUCUUGCCAUGCUCAGGGGAAGAAGAGCAAAGUUUCAACCAGCCGUCAGACUCAGGUGGCCACCAACACGUUAUCUAAAGCCGCCUUCCUGCUCACCGUCCUCAGUGAGAGACUGGAGCUCCACAAUCUGGCCUUCAGCACCGGCAUGUUCUCCCUGGAGCUGCAGAGGCCGCCUGCAUCCACCAAGGCCCUCGAGGUCUGUUUUACAAAUACAUGAGACCAGAGUCACCCACUAAGGCCCUGAAAAUAAAUAUCCUUGAAAGUACAAACUCAUAAACUCAUACCUGUGAUAACUAACAGUCUCUGACCUUCUGUUGCAACACACACUGGUGUAGAUAUUGAAAAACAGUGAACCAUGCUAGUGUGUUCAUAUUUGUGCAUACUAGCUUAUCAUAUCUUUUCAUGAUGUUCUGUAUUUAAUCACAUGUCUGUACCUCACCGAUGAGGUUUGAUUUAAUAAUGUUUCAUUUGCUCAUUUGUUCAAGUGAGAUCAGUCACAGGACAGCAGAAGUGAUAAUGGAGUCGUUUUUAUGCCUCUAACAGAAAAAUAGUGAAGAGACGAUACAAGAUCAGAGGGGAUGGCUUUGACGAGUUCUUUAAAGAGUUUUAUUACAUUCAGGAGUUCCUCUUUACUGUCAAAGAAUAAAACAUCUUUGUGAUCAGACAGAUUCUGCUGAAGGACUAACCGCUUUUUUACUGACUGAUCUUUCCUGCUACAGGUUAAAACUUUGUUAAUCACAAAGGGGGAUUUAGUCAGAAGUAUUAACUGUUUCCUUGGCUCCUCAGACAAAAACCUGCAGCCCACACUGUCUGAAAAUGUGUGUGGAGCAGAAAGGCCGACACUGACUAUCUCUCCGUGUACCUGUGUCUUAGGUGAAGCUGGCCUAUCAGGAGUCAGAGGUGGUGUCUCUGCUGAAGAAGAUCCCUCUAGGUCUGGUGGAGAUGUCAGCCAUUAGAGAGCGAGCCGAGCAGCUCAGAGAUGGAAACUUCUGUGAUUACAGACCUGUGCUGCCGCUCAUGUUAGCCAGCUUCAUCUUUGAUGUGCUGUGUACCCCAGGUAAGCACCAAGUCUGCUCUAACACUGGAGAGUCAUUGCACGAGUGUUUCCUACCUGCAGGGUUUGGUGUAAAGUCAAUAUCUGCAGAGAUGAAAUCCUUCUAUUUUGUGUUUCUUUCCCGUUAGAGGUACCUUGGUUUGAUUUAAAUGAAGACAUUUGUGAUGUGAACUCUAAAAAUUAACAUUCUUUUGACUUUUCUCCAUAUUGUUUGUGCAGUUGUGUCCCCAACGGGCUCCCGUCCACCGAGCCGUAACCGUAACAAUGAGAUGCCGGGUGACGAGGAGCUGGGCUUUGAGGCUGCUGUUGCUGCUCUUGGUACGUUCACUGGAUUAUAUCACACUGUGGGCUCCCUCUGUGUAUGUCUGUCUUAACCUGCAUCUGUUUACGUGUGUGUUUGUGCGUACGUACGUGUGUAAAGGCAUGAAGACCACAGUGAGUGAGGCAGAGCAUCCUCUACUGUGCGAGGGGACUCGACGAGUGAAAGGAGACCUGGCUCUGGCUCUGAUGAUCACAUAUAAGGACGACCAGAGCAAACUGAAGAAGGUAAACCUGAUCAAUCUGAUCAAUACCUACAUGUGAGGUCAACAUGGUUAUCAGCUGAUCCCCAUUCAUCAUGAUAAAGGUUUUUAAGAGUUAUAGAGGAUCAGAGAACUUUUUUGUUACAGUUUAAAAAAGUUUUUCUUUUGGGGUUUCUUAAAUAAAAGAACGAGAGCCCACCAACUCUUCAUCAUUUGUUUCAAAUUAUAAAUAUUUGUUUCAAAAUGUCAGAGCUGUGACAGUCUCUCUCUUUUCUUCUCCCCUCCCUCAGAUCCUGGACAAACUGCUUGACAGAGAGAGUCAGACCCACAAACCUCAGACUCUGAGCUCCUUUUACUCGAGUAAACCUGCAGCAGGAAGUCAGCGCAGCCCGUCCAAACACACCAACGCCGGCAGCCAUGGAGGGGUUGGCGGGGCCACAGGCGGGGUCUCCAAACACACCCCCUCCUCUUCAUCUACAGCCACUGUAGCUGCCUCAUCCUCAUCCUCCUCCUCUGCUGCUGUGGCUCUGACUGGAGAAGAGGUGACCCAUCAGGACCUGAACCCCGUACAGAACAGUUCAACAGGAGAAGGAACAACCGAGACCAGAGAGACGGGUAAGACACACACACAACCAGCUCCCUCAGAGGGGGACCAGGCUAAUGUGUUCUUUUAAAUAAAGCGUCAUAGUGGGAUGUGUUUAUUUAAAUAAGUCAUGACUUAAAAUCUACUAAUCAAACAAUCAAACAUGUACGAAAGAGAAUUAUGGCCUCAAGAAGAGAAAAAAAUAAUAACAGGAGGAGGAUUUAUUUAAUCUACAUUUUAAGAUUAAAGUCUAAAUUUGGAGAUUAAAGUAGAAAUUUAAAAAAGGCGAGAUUAAAAAAAAUCAAAAUUACGUUACACUUUAAAUUUUCGACUUUAUUCAUGCAAUUUUGAUUUUGUUAAUCUCGAAAUUUCAACAUUAUUCUCAACAUUCUGACAUCUUGAAAUUUCGACUUUCAUCUCGAAAUUUCAAUUUUAAAUAUCAAAUUUUUGAUUUAAUUGCAUAACUUUGACUUUUUAAUCUCUAAAUUUUGACUUUAAUCUCAACAUUUCAACUUUAAUCUCGUUCCUGUAACUCUAAUUUUUCUCUUCAUGUGACCCUUAUCCUCUUUCAUAAACAUGAGAAAGGAUAAAAUCCAAAAUAUAAGAUAAAAAUAAUGACCUAAAGACAGUAAACAGAUGAGACACAUUCAACAGCAACAGCUUAGACCAGAGCACAGAGAGGGACAGGUUCCUGGUAGGACUCUUGGUUUUGAACAGUUUAGUCACUUUUAGUCCCUUUAGUAAGUGUAGAAGUGGCCUCUGUUCUGACAGAUUAUUUAUAAGGUAAACAUUCAAUACUUUGACAGCGCGAAAAGUAACAAAGUCUUAACUGUAAAUUCAACACAGACAAGCAGAAGUUUAAUUUACACUUCUUAAAGGGAAAUGUCACAGAAACUAAGAUCUAUAAAUUGUACUUACUCUCUGACUGCAGUACACCCACCUUUAACAACAGCUUAGUUAAAAGAAUAGUAACCCUUAGCACUACGUAUAAAAACACAAACAGGUGUUGUAUAGAAACCUAAAUUUGGUGUUUCUUUUGAGUUCUAGUGUAUUUCCCAAGUGGUCUGGGUCAGUGGGGUUUGGUAUCAUUUAAUAUUGUUGCAUUUCCAUAGACAACUGUAACCUUUCUUGGCAAACAAACCGGAUGGUGAUAGCAACAUCAAUUACAUUAAAGCGUUAAAGCUGCAAAGUGACACGUUAAAAAAGGUAAAUGAUGGAGGACAUCCAAGUUUUGAAAUAUGACACAGUUUGUGUCUGUCCGCUAUGACCACUUUCACCUGAAAAGUGAGGAUUCUUCUGACCUGAUUGCAGUGUGUGUACCUCCACCAUUAAAGGUCAGAUAGGUACGCUUUGCACCCAAAUAGAAAGAAUGUCAAAAAAGUGUGAACACAAAUAAUUGCAAACCUGACUGAACUGAACCCCUUGGUUAACCUUCCCUUUCUGCAGUGUCAGACGGAGCUCCGCCUGCUGAGCAGCAAAACGAAACGGCCCCAUUCAAAUUGGAAACCACAGUUCCCAGUAGGCUGGCCCUGGGGGCUCGCUGUGGGUACAGUCAACGCUGCUGGGGCUCACCUGUACGCCAGAAGAAGAAACACACAGGUAACAGUAAUAUACAGAUAUAAUUCAAGCAUUUAUUACACACAAGCUGUGCCUGUAGUCGUAACAGUAGAAGAAACACAUAGGCGAGAACAGUAUACUGAUAUUUUCAUUAAAACAUUGAAAUCUACGGUGGCCCUGAGGUGCAAAACACAAUGGCAAAUGGGUAAACACAACAUCGAAAUUUAAAACACAAGACAAAAAAAGAAAACAUGACAGCAAAUCAGUUAACACAACACAAAAAGAGAAAACACAACAACGUUAACUAUAAUGUUUUCUCUUUUUGUGUUGUGUUUUCUUUUUUGCCGUCAUGUUUUCUGGUUUGUUUUUAUGUUUUCUGAUUUGCUGUUGUGUUUUCUCUUUUUGUGUUGUGUUUUGUAAUUUGUCGUCGUGUUUUGCACCUCAGGCCCACCGUAGAAAUCACAUUGUCAGUACUCUGUCAAAGUGUCACGGGUACACACCCUACAGGGAAAAUGACAUAAACAUAAUCCCGAUGCAUUUCAUAUCAAGGUAAUCAAGUGACAUGUUGUUUGUACAGGCAUGGCAAGCAUCGACAGCAGUGCUCCAGAAACAACAUCCGACAGCUCGCCCACCCUCAGCCGCCGCCCACUCAGAGGGGGCUGGGCUGCUACGUCAUGGGGGCGGGGCCAAGACAGCGACAGCAUCAGCAGCUCAUCUUCCGAUUCGCUCGGCUCCUCUUCCUCCAGCGGCUCUCGCAGGGCGGGUGGAGGAGCGAGGGCCAAAAGCACUGAUACCAGCAGGUACGUACACUGAGAGUGACGCCGUCAACAACAAAGUCUUUGGAUGCAAAGUGAUUAUAUGUGGAAGUACCAGACACUGAAAUUUGCAGAGUGCCUACAGAGUGGGACUGGCUCCAAAAGUGAGACGAUGCCUGUUUAGGUGCAUUUGAACAAGUCUAACUUUCAGCAGAAGUGAACGCAUUUAACUAAUUUCUCUGUUCAUGAUGGCUAUGAGAGGUUACUUUUUUGUAAAGCCCACACUUUUAAAUGACCAAGAUUUACUCAUAUUUGAGAGACAGGUGGAGACAGUUGUCUUCGAGGCUAAUUCAAUCACUGAAUGUAACCUCUAGGCUUUGUUGUUUCCUGGUGAUGGACACUUCUUACACAGCUGAUUCCACUCAUUUAUCAAGAGGACUUGUAACCACUAAAGUUAAAUGAUUCCUCUGAACAGCUGUUUUUUUUUUUCAUUCACUGUCCUCCUUCAUGUUUUCAUAAUGAAGAUUUCUCCCCGUCAUGGCAAACUUUUCUGUCUUUUCAGAUAUAAGGGACGUCGUCCUGAGUGCCACGCCCCUCACGUGCCUAAUCAGCCCUCAGAGGCGGCAGCUCAUUUCUAUUUCGAGCUGGCAAAGACAGUUCUGAUCAAAGCAGGAGGGAAUUCAUCCACCUCCAUCUUCACUCAGCCAUCAGCCAGCGGGGGCCACCAAGGGCCCCAUAGGAACCUGCACCUGUGCGCCUUUGAGAUCGGACUGUACGCCCUCGGACUCCACAACUUUGUGUCCCCCAACUGGCUCAGCAGGACGUACUCCUCACAUGUCUCCUGGAUCACAGGUGAGAGUGGAGGUGGGGUGAAAAGGGGAUGGGGGUCUUUCUCGAUGUGCCCGUUCCCUCCGACUCACUUUCUGUCCUUGCCUCCUCAGGUCAGGCCAUGGAGAUUGGCAGCGCAGCUCUUAACAUCUUAGUUGAAUGUUGGGAUGGUCACCUGACCCCUCCUGAGGUAGCAUCCCUAGCAGACAGAGCGUCCAGGGCUCGAGACCCCAACAUGGUUCGAGCCGCCGCUGAGCUCGCUCUCAGUUGCCUCCCCCACGCCCACGCCCUCAACCCCAAUGAGAUCCAGAGAGCGCUGGUGCAGUGCAAGGAGCAGGUAAGCAGAGUAUUGUUAAAAGAUGGUCUCAAAAGGAACCAGAGAAGAAGAAUGAAGAUGAUUCACUCAAUAGUGAUUGUUAUUAUAUGUUAUGUGAUCCUCACUGUUGAUUCUCUGGUACUUCCCAGGACAACGUUAUGCUGGAGAAAGCAUGUGUGGCGGUGGAGGAGGCAGCUAAAGGGGGCGGAGUCUAUCCUGAGGUUCUGUUCGAGGUGGCCCAUCAGUGGUACUGGCUGUAUGAGCAGUCUAUGGGUGGGGGCUCAGGCCAGCAGAGGGAAACCUCUGGGCGCUGCGGGGCCAACGGAGGCUCCGGUAGAAGGCAGAUGGAGACCACCUGCGGGAUUCUUGAUGCGGGGGGCAACAUGGAGUCGGCGGGACUGGCCACAGUGACGGCAUCGGUCACGGCGGCAGCAGUGGUCCCUGUCAUCUCAGUGGGCUCCACCAUCUAUCAGUCCCACCCUCUCCCAGGCCAGGCCAUGGCCCACCCGCACAGCCAGGGCCUCCACCCCUAUACCACCAUCCAAGCCCACCUUCCUACUGUCUGCACCCCUCAGUAUCUGGGACACCCUCUGCAGCAUGUCCCCCGCCCAGCUGUCUUCCCUGUGACAGGGGCUGCCUACCCUCAGGUCAGAACUCAACACUUGGGAUUGUGGGAGAUCUUGUUUGUGAGUUUUACAUUCUGAAACAUUGAGGGGGGAUAAUACUUUUGAGAAAUAAAUAUUGAUAGUGAUGUACAUUAUGUCUCGAACCUUCAUGUCGAAUACUUAAAACUCAAGCUGUCUGUGUUUGUUUCUCUGUGUGUGUUCAGGGGAUGCACCCAGCCUUUAUUGGGGCUCAGUAUCCAUUCUCGGUAGCAACAGGUCCCCAGCCUCCCCUCGCUGCCACAGCGGUGACAUUCCCUGGCGUCCCUGUCCCGUCCAUGACUCAGAUCGCCGUCCACCCGUACCACACUGAGACCGGGAUGCCUCUCAGCACCACAGUGGCAGGUGAGGAGUUUGAUUUUAUGGCACGAACACAAUUCCAGAAGAAUCGGGACGCUGUUUAAAAUGUUGGGAAAAAAAACAGGGUUUGAUGGUGUGAAGGAGGAAAAGUGCUUCCUACUUUGUCUCCUUUUUUCCUAAAUUGGCUCUGACCCAAAGAAGUUGGCAGCCAUGUUGAUAAACUGUAUGGCGUCCUCUUUUAAGUUGUAAUUGUGGCUGCAAUGGCAAACUGCAUACACAGAUAACGGCUUUCAGAUACAGAUUUCCACUGCAUGGCUUUGACCCAUGUCUGUCUCUAAAACAGUGCUGUCUGAGGACCCACAGAUCACGGCCGUCUAUUAUUUAUCGGCCUUGCCCCUUUCUGACAGAUUUCUCCAGACUUUCUGAAUUUUUAAUGGUAUUUUGUACUGGAGAUGAUGAAAUCUUCAAAUCCUUUGCAGUUUCUGCUCAUAAAUUAUUCUGAAACUGCUGACUGUUUUCCUCACCCAGUCUUUUAAAGAUUGAUAAACCUCUUUCCAUCAUCUAGAAGGCUUAGUGUGAACAUUUGAUUUGUUCUCGACUCUUUUCUUAAUUUUCUGUAAGCUUGUAGAUGUAGAUCAUAAAAUUCUGUUUUUAUUAACAUCUUGCACGGUGUCCAAACUCUUUUGGAAUUGGAGUUGUGCUUUGUGUCCAAAUAUUUCACAAACAUGAUACAAGGCCAGGUCAGGAUCACAUUGGCAGAUCAGGGUAAAAAGACUGUAUGUUGUGGCAUUACUUGUUAAUGUGCAUGGAUCGUGUCCCUCAGUUGGCAGCGCACACUCUGGCCCAGCUCUCCAAGCCCUACAGGGGGCAUCCCUGCCCUCGCUCUCCUCUCAGCCCGCUUCACUGGUCAGCACGGCGUUCCCUGCAGAGGAUGAGCCGCACAGCCAGCCAAUCAGCCAGCAGGGCCUGCACUACCUGCAUUCUGCAUACAGAGUCGGUGAGUGAGCGUCACAGUCCUGUGUCAGAACCUGCGCAGUGUGACUAAACUGUACUGAAAACUUUGAGCAUUAAAGGGAUAUUCCGGCGUAAAAUUAAUUGAGGGUCAAACGCACCGUAAUGCUGAGUCAGACACACUGUCGAGAGAUGAAUGUUGCCGACCGUUUGCUUCUUUAGUUAUACCAACUUUAUUAACGACUGCACGAUAGCAAUACACAGCAGUCUGAGGAGCCAUAAAUGAACCUCAACAAAAAAGCCACUCUAUAGCCCCAAAUAAUGCUCAGAACAGCACCUAACUUCAUCAACAGUACAAAUAGGGUCCCAGCCAUAGUACUAGCCAUCAAACAUCUUUUUUUAUCUUUGCCUAAUUUCUUUAGCAAAGAGACUAAACACAACUCACCCACUCUCUUCCAGCAGCCGCUUGUUUAAAUAACACUUAAACCUUAACUAAUUUUAUUCCAGAAUAUCCCUUUAAAGUUGGUCAAUCUCACAGAUUGUGUAGUACAGUGUGUAAAUAUACUGCGCAUUGUGUCAUAACCAUGUGUUUGUGUGUUUCUGUGUGUGUGAAGGCAUGCUAGCUCUGGAGAUGUUGGGCAGACGAGCUCACAAUGAUCACCCCAACAACUUCUCCAGGAGCCCUCCCUACACCGAGGAUGUCAAGUGGCUGCUGGGACUUGCCGCUCGACUCGGUGAGACAUACAAUACAUAGAAUUCACUGGAGUUUUAAACUAAACCCAUGAAUGAGUUAUGACUAUCUCUUUAUCUACACACACCCCUUUUGUUUGUGUCUCUUUUACCUCACCUGCCUCUUGACCCUGUUUCUGUGUGUCUUAAUCUCAACAGGAGUCAACUUUGUGUAUCAGUUCUGCGUGGGAGCAGCUAAAGGCGUCCUGAGUCCAUUCGUCUUGCAAGAGAUCAUCAUGGAGGCUCUGCAGAGGCUAAACCCCGCCCACAUCCACGCCCACUUGAGAACACCUGCUUUCCAUCAGCUGGUGCAGCGUUGUCAGCAGGCCUAUCUGCAGGUAGUACGACCACGCACAUAGACAGUCAGUUUGAGACAGUCGGUGGGAGAGUGAGCACCUGAUGACUGUAAUCAUCUGUAUCCCUAACCUGUAUCUUCUCCUCCCUCAGUACAUCCACCACCGACUCAUCCACCUGACCCCUGCAGACUACGACGACUUCGUCAACAUCAUCCGCAGCGCUCGGGGGGCGUUCUGUCUCACGCCUGUCGGGAUGAUGCAGUUCAACGACGUCCUCCAGAACCUGAAGAGAGGGAAGCAGACCAAGGAGCUGUGGCAGAGGAUCAGCCUGGAGAUGGCCACCUUCUCUCCCUAAGGGGGAGGGAGACUUUGAUACCCUGUCUACAUUGUAACAGACACAUCCUGGAUCUAUCAGGGACCCUGACCCCUGAUACAGACAGACAGCACACAGGAAGUACAAUCAGACCCUGCCCUCUUAAACAGGCAGCGUUUUUAUAUCUGCCCCCUCCCCUCAGAGACUGCUGACAGACUCUGAGCAUCAUGUUUGUGUUUUUCUGUGGAUUACAGUGUGUCCUCCUUUAUCUAACUGAAGACUGCGAGGGAGGGCUGUGUCCUUCGUCCUCUCCUUGUCUCCUCUGUUCUUGUUUAGUUUAGUUUGAAUAAAUCAGCUGACUACGGCUUUGUCUUUGUCCUGAAUCCCGAUGUUUGGAGACUUCCUGUUUUUGUUUAAUCUUUUGAUACUUUGUAAAGAAUCCGAAGAAGAGGUGGAGGAGGAGAAAGAGGAUGAUUGAGGCGCUGUUGUUGUGGGAUCCAUAUUUACAUUUCAGCCUGAUGAGGAGGGACCUGAAAGUGAAGAGCAGAGACCACCUGACCCCUUGCUGGACCCAGGACUCAGUGAAGAACAUCUGAAUCAGACUCAGUGUCCAGCAGUUUGAACUGGAUCUGGAUGAGACUUCAGGGAGACAUUUGUAAUGUUUUCAGACCUCCUGAAGGUGAAGAGUGAGGUUGUGAUGAAGAGUGAUUCUGGUGCUCAUCUUAGUCUCCAUGAUACUCGCAGAAAAAAAGUACUUGAGUAACAACAGUAACUUUUUCAGAUGUCUUCAAAACCUUUUUUUCAGAAUCAAAAGCUGAUUUUCUAUAAGAGAUUUCUGGACACGUCAGCCUAACUUUUUAGUUCAGUCUGUGGUGCUGUUUAAACACGACAACUGGAUAACAUCAAAGUUAAGAUCAUAUGCAGAAAAUAUUCAAAUGAUGAAGAUAGUUGUUCGAACAAACACAGUUGAGAAAGCUGCUCUUCAUCAGACGUGAAACCAAACGAUGAUUUCUGACACCAGUCAUCUGGUUUACUGAAACAAGAGUGACAGACGUGAAAUAGUGACUUUUACAAAUGAAGUUCUGAAUGGAGAGCAUUAUAUUCACUCUUUGUGUUUGGAUACUGGAAGUUUUUCAGAACUUCAGAUCUAGAUCUGAACCUGUACCUGGUUCUGAUUCUGGUCCUGGUCCAGCCCUAGACUACUUAUUUCACUGAGUCUGAUAUGAAACAGUGUCUCUGUCCCCUCCUUCCCCUCCUCAGUGUGGUUUUAGACCAUGGUGCUGUUAUCAACAUGUCGACGCUCCAUCCCGUCCCGGCAGCUCGGUGGUUCUGAUCUGGACUCUGAUUGGACCUCACAGGUGUGACUCAGUAGAAAAUGUACUGUGAUAUUUUUGUAUUCCUCAAAGUGUAGCUCCAUGAAAAGUUCUAUAUGUGAUUGAAAAGUUCCUAUUUAGAAAGAAAAGAAAAAAAAAUAAAAGCAAUACUAAAGUGUAGAGUUUACUUAAUAAAGACGAUUAAAACACUGACGUGCUCGCAGUCGUCUGUUUGUUUACUUCAAGAUAGAGCCUGAGCAAGGUGCUGCUGGCACCUACACAAGCUCAGAGCUGGACAUAGUGGAAAAAUGAAUCAACCAUAUUUUAACAUCUCACACAUCUCUGUGUGUUUUGUUUUGUUAGGUUGCUUCUCUGUAUACUUUUAUUUUACCUUACAUCCUUAAUCUAAAUGUGGCUUUAGUUUUUUAAUGUAGAAAGUAGAAUUUGGUUAGUAUGGCAUUUAUCAUUUCUGAAUUUAGAAAAUUUAGCUUCUGGCAUUAACUGUGUCCUCAGAUUUCCUCUCCACGGAAAAUAAUAUUAUUUAGAGACUAAACCAAAAACUCUGCUCACAAGCAGACAUAAACCUUAGCAACUUUAAAGCUAUAUGAGGAGCUUUUUUCACAUUAAUGACUUAGACUGAUACCUUUUCAUGUAGUCCCAAUACAAGACCAUCGGGGACAAAAUGAAUGAUUUUAAGACAGUAAUUUCU